CGCGUUGAUUGUUUCGCGGUAGCUAGAUAGUUAGUUUGUUUGCGUUUGAUGAUUUGAUGAUUUGAUGCAUGCAUGAUUUAUGAUCCGCUGAAUGACCGUAAAUAAACUCUAAAGCAGUGAAAAUGGUAUAUCGAAAGCAUCCGACCAAGAUAACGCCAAACAAGCCCUAACCCAAGACAAUCAACCUCCCCCGACGACACCUCUUUCCCCUCCUCCUCCCAGAUCAAUUGCCUCCGCUAAAGCCCAAAAUACCGCCCCCUCUCCUUCAGCAACCCCUCAUGAGUUCCCCGCUCCACAAUCCUCCCCUCAUGCAACACGCGGAUCAAAUCCGCGCGCACCACCGUCGACAGCCGAUGUGCAACCACAAUUGUCGUCCUCUUCUUCCUGUUCCCACUCCCACUCCCACUGCUACUAUCACCCGCCGCAAACAAAGCCCGCUGCACCGCCCCCCUCCGUCUCCGUAUCCACGGCACUCGUCGCCUCAUUCAGCCCGAGCACUGCCGGAUCCCUCAGGAGCACCCGCGCGAUCGCCACCCCGCUGCACCUCGCCGCCCGACAACUUGUACCCCCCCCUGCUCGCCGACCGGGGUCGCGUACCCCCCCGCGGGAAGGAGCGGAUCUUCUCGUGGAUCGCGGCGGCGCGACACGCCGCGUGGAUCUCCGGCAUGCUGGCGGCGCGCCGCGCGUACCGCCGGUUGGCGAGGAUGGAGGCGUGGAAGAGGAGCGGGGUCUGCGGGAACCACGCCGAUUGCGCUGCGGAGCGAGGAUCGCGUGAGCAUGCGGAUGUCGUGCGUGUCGAGCGUGAUGGUUCCUGAGGACAGGUCGUACGCCCGCAGCAGGAGUUUCGUCAGGCUGGAUUUGCCGGCGCCGGUGGCGCCGACGAGGGCGAUUGUUUUUGG